AUGAGUUCAGUUGGUAUGGCAGAAGAUGCUGCCGUAUAUGUUGAACCUGUUGAUCCUGAUGUUCUUGAAACUGACCCAACAUGUCGUUACGUUCGGUAUAAAGAUGUGCUCGGGAAAGGCGCCUUCAAGACAGUAUAUAAAGCAUUUGAUGAAGUGAAUGGACUUGAAGUAGCAUGGAACCAAGUUAGAAUUGAUGAAGUGCUACAAUCACCGGAUGACCUGGAGCGGCUGUAUUCAGAAGUUCAUCUCUUGAAAUCACUCAACCACCAACAUAUAGUAAAGUUCUAUAAUUCCUGGAUUGAUGAUAAGAACAAGACAGUUAAUAUAAUAACCGAGUUAUUCACUUCGGGCAGUCUCAGACAGUACUGUAAGAAACACAAGAAUGUGGACAAGAAAGCUAUAAAGGGGUGGGCAAGACAAAUAUUAACGGGAUUGAGCUAUCUCCAUAGUCACAAACCACCGAUUAUGCAUAGGGACUUGAAGUGUGAUAAUAUAUUUAUCAAUGGUAACCAAGGAGAAGUUAAAAUCGGAGAUCUGGGGUUGGCAACUGUCUUGCAGCAAGCUACAGCCAAAAGUGUAAUUGGAACACCUGAAUUUAUGGCCCCUGAACUCUAUGAUGAAAACUAUAAUGAGUUAGCAGAUGUAUACUCCUUUGGGAUGUGCAUGCUAGAGAUGGUGACUUAUGAAUACCCUUAUAGUGAAUGUAGAAACUCAGCUCAAAUAUUUAAGAAGGUUUCAUCUGGAAUAAAGCCCGCUGCCCUUUCCAAGGUAAAAGAUCCUGAAAUGAAAGAAUUUAUUGAGAAGUGUUUAGUCCCAGCAUCUCAAAGAUUGUCAGCAGAAGAGCUUCUGAUGGACCCUUUCCUCAAAUUGAAUGGCUCGGGAAGACAUCGUCCUCUGCCACUUCCAGAUAUUGUCUUGCCAAAAUCGGGAGCCUUUGGAGAUCGUUGUGUGAUGUCAGAAGGACCUUUGAGCGCACGGAACAAUGCUUUAUCUAAGGAUUCAGAUGAUGAGGAGCCACCAGUGAUCAACUUUUUUAGAAACUCUGGUGAUCGCGAGUACCAUUCCUCUUAUGUGGACGUUAAGAGGUCAAAAAGAGGCAACUUCUUUUUCUUAAAGGGUGAGCAUAAUGACGAAAACUCCAUAUCGUUAAUACUCAGAAUAGCUGAUCAGAAUGGUCGUGCAAGGAACAUUCAUUUCUUAUUCUACCUUGACAGUGAUACAGCACUUACAGUUUCAAGUGAAAUGGUUGAGCAACUCGAACUAGAAGAUCAUAAUGUUAUAUUCAUAGCGGAGUUGAUUGAUUUGUUAAUGAUGAACUUGAUAUCAGAAUGGAAGUGUUGUGUCUGUGUUGAUCAUUUGGUUGCUCAAAACAGAACGAAUAUGAGCCUUCGGAAAGACUCUCAGUCGCCAAAGCCUCAAGAAUGCUCAAGCAGAAGUCACCAGACUGUUUAUGAGGAUGCCACUCCCUCAAAACCACCUAUUUGCCCAACUUCUUUAACUUUUGAAGGCUCCAUUCCUCCACCAAUACUAGAAAGGCAUCCUAAUUAUGUGAAGGUUGUUUCAAGUUCUAAUGCGGUUUUAGCUAGUUCAACCACCGCAGUAGAACGGCAUUCUGAGAUGUCAUGUGCUUCUAUGACCUCUGAUGCCACAUAUCGAUCUCAUAAUUCUUAUGCUUCCGCAGAAUCUGGGUCUUCAGACUUUAAUUUACAUUUGCCAAAUGGCUACAGAAGCGCGAGUUGUCCAACUAGUGUUUCCUCAUUCUGCACUGCAUACAAUUUUGAAGACUUAAGAAAGGAGUUAGAGAUGAUUGAACUGCAAUUCCAGCUAGAACUUAAAGAUAUAUCGAGGAGAAAACAUGAAGCUAUCAUGGAAACAAGAAAAAGGUUAUGCCAGAAAAAUCUAGAGUUGGUUCCCUAG